GCGCUUUGACCCCGCUCGUCCUUCUUCGCGGCCUUGGUCCGCUCUCCUAUUGUCUGGUCCCUCUCAGCACGGCGGCUGAGAGAACAGCUGUUCUCAUGGCUCCUUCGGGAGCUUUCAUCUCCGUUAUUUUUGUUUCUUUUCCUUACUAAGUUUAUUCACCUAUUCGCCUCUCCACACGAGGAAGACGAAUUCUGAAACAUCGCUUUGUUGGACCUUUCAUAUAUCGCGAGAUUCCGCAGCAGCCCCGGAAGACACGAAAGGACAAAGAACCACGCUCACGCUGUUCACACGCACGCUGGUCUGAAAUGGGCCAGACUCUGUAUUUCAUUCUUCUUCUCAUUGCUCUCUGCUCCGUAUCUGAAUGUGUUCAGCGUCAGUAUCACUUUAUAAAUGAGAACAAGACCUGGACUGAAGCUCAGAGAUACUGCAGAGAGAAAUACACAGAUCUGGCCACCGCUGACAACAUGAACGACACGAACGAGCUGAAGAAGAGUGUGAAUGACGGAAGUGUUAAGAAAAUCUGGAUUGGGCUGCAGAAGACGGGUCGUGAUGAAUGGCACUGGUCUUCAGGUGAACCUGCGCUCUAUCUGAACUGGGCUACUGGACAACCAAAUCUUGGUGCAGAAGAAUGUGUUAUGAUGACAGAUGGACAGUGGCAUGAUGAAAGAUGUAGCACGUCCCUAACUUUUAUUUGCAAUUCCUCCAAUAACACAAACACAGAACUUGUCUUUGUCGAUCUGAAGAAGAGUUGGAGAGACGCUCAGAGUUACUGCAGACAGAAUCACAUUGAUCUGGUCAGUGUGAGGAACCAGAACGAGAAUCAACAGGUUCAGCAGUUCAUUAGUGACAGACAGUUAUCAGGAUCACCAAUCUGGAUCGGUCUGUUCAGAGACUCAUGGCAGUGGUCAGAUCAGAGUAACUCUUCAUUCAGAGACUGGGACACUGGUGAACCUGAUAAUAAUGGAAGAAAUGAAAACUGUGCAGCUCUUAAUGCUCAGAGAAAAUGGUUUGACGUCUCUUGCACCAAUCGAUAUCCUUUUGUGUGUUAUGAAGAUCCUGAACUGAUUGUGAUCAGAGAGAAUGUGACGUGGUCUGAAGCUCUGAGAUACUGCAGACAGAAUCAUGUGGAUCUGGUCUCGGUUCAUUCAGAAGAGAUGCAGCGUCGUGUGAUGAACGUGGUUAAACAUGCGUCUACUGCGGAGGUGUGGUUGGGUUUACGUCACUCUCACAUUUUGGGCAUCUGGUACUGGGUGAGUGGAGAUACCAUGUGCUAUCAGAACUGGGCUCCAGGGAACGGCACAUCAGAGGAGGACUGUGAACACACAGUGAGAUCUGGAGCAGUUCAGUCUGGAGGAGAUCACCGCUGGAUCAGUCGUCUUGAGUCUCACAAACUCAACUUCAUCUGCAGCAGAUAUUCAGAGUGAGAGGAAACACAGAACUUUCACGUGAGAUAUAAAAUGCCUGUGCUGCUUUAACUUCAUUAAUCACUUUGUAAAGCAAUACUUGUACAUAUAAUAUUUUCUAACUCAGCAGGCAGGCACACCUGAAGGUUAAAGGCAGAAACUCUUUCAACAUUUCUUCAAAAAAAAAAAUAAUAAUAAUAAAAAAAUAUAUACACAUACUCAUAUACCCAUUAUUAGGUAUACCUGUUUUCUUUCUAUUUUAUUAUGAGAUAAUUCAGGAUUUAUAGUUUCUUAUUUGUUUUUCAAUGAUCUCUGUUGGUGUGGAUACUUCUUUUUCUCUGAUACUAGUUAUUAUGUGCUUUAGCUAAUUUGAAUAUUGUUUAUCCUUUAAGCAGGGAUGGUUGGGAGUAAAAUAUUUACAAUACGUUUGUGCUAAAUAUAAAAUUAAAACAUAAAUGUCAACAACAGCAGCUCAGAUAAACUCAUGUAAAACCAGCAAUAUAAUCUUAUUUAUCUAUUUUAAAUGAUCAUUUAAUUACAUCAUAGAACAAAAAUGGUUUAAAAGCUAUUUAUUCUUCAAUAAAAAAAAAAAAAAAUUGAGGCAUAGUGUAACUGUAAUGAUGACUGACUCGACAUGGGAUCCAUUUGCAAGCUUUUAUUAGAACACUCGUAGUCGU